UACCUCAUCGUGCUGAAGCUUCGACGUUAGUCAAUGAUGCGAAUCGCCUCUGUCUUGAUCCUGACUAGCGGCUUGGCAUACUCUGACUGAUAACCUUCAACGAGAGACACGCAGCGCUCACGUGUGCGCAAGCAAUCUACUAGGGAAGCGGGUCAUCCACAUCAACAAACAGCAAAAAUUCCUCAGCAUUGGACACAACCCCGUCCGGUUACUACCCAGUCUUCAUAUCGAAACUCCACAUCUCAGCAGACCAUUAUCCUCAGCCACGUUGCAAUCUAUUCUGUCUCGUUGAUCACUGAAACGGAGCUUUCGUCUGGAAAUUGCCACGAUGCCCGACCUCAGCUAUGAGAAUCUCAUGAAGCAUGGUCUCACCCAUGAGCACCUCAUGAAAGAGCUCAACGCUUACCGUGACCAAGCUCAGGGAGCAAAUGGCAAGUCAGUAGAGAAGGAGCUAGCUCAAGAGACAACUAUCCAGCAAAAGCGUGAGAGUCCGUUGGAACCUGACGCUAAAUAUGACUCCAAUCUUCGUUCUGACAACUCUUCCCUUUCCAUCCCAGAGCCAGCGGCCCAGACACCGCUGGUCCAAGCCCCACCAGCAUGGUAUCUUGACCUCAAACCCCAAGGUUUUCAGAUGAACAUGCUAGGGAAAACAAAGAAAGCCACAGAACGACAAGCUCUCAUAGCCCUUGAUAGCAUGAAAGACUGUAUUGCGCGCUGCGAGAAGGAGGAGAGCCCCAACCAACUGGACAAGUUCAUCGAGGAACUCCGUGACCAUGUUCACAAAGCCGAGUUCCUUGAAGUCAACAAGUACAUCGUCCGAAAGAAGAAUAUGCUCGACAAUACAGGCCUCCCUAGAAUCUUUGAUACUCGGUUCCCUGUCGAUCUUCGAGCUGACGCCCUUCAGUUGUACAACCGAUGGUAUAUGCAAAUCUUCUCCGUCGACCCCUUGCGGGGCAUCAUCAAGGACAAGAAUAGGGUGGACAAGCGCAAUGCUGAUAGGAUCGAUCCCUCAUGGCCCGGGAGGUUGUCAGCUAAAUACUACGGACAAGGUAACCUCGUCAUUGGUCAAUGGUGGCCCACCCAACUCUGCACUGUCCGGGACGGCGCGCAUGGAGCCCCACAAGCUGGUAUCUAUGGUGAGAAGGAUAAAGGCGCGUACUCUAUCGUGCUUUCUGGAAAUGCGAACUACAAAGACGAAGACAAGGGCGACGAAAUCUACUACAGCGGAACAGACAGCAAGGAUUCCACGCCCACCGAGAACACGACUCGCAUGAUUGAGUCAUGUGAUACCGUGAAGCAGGCCGUCCGAGUCAUUCGGUCAUGGAAUCUCAACAAGAGCAACCCGUACCGGCCUGUUCGCGGAUUCCGCUACGACGGUCUCUAUACGGUAGUCGGCUACAGCCUCGUCAAUGCCGACAAAGCUAUCUACCGAUUCCAUCUUGUACGCCUCUCAGGACAAGACCCGAUCCGUUACGAAGACAAUGCGGCUCGUCGUCCCACUCGAUUUGAGGUUGCCAAGUAUGACGACUUGGGCCUGGAUGAGAGAGGCUUCUAGCCAACUACCGAAUCUCUCAAAGACGCCGGGCUGUUCUAAUGUGUGUGCAGUAAGAGUUUGAGCGCAUCUAACGUUAU